CUCUCUGAAGAUGGACAAUUGGAGGGAAAUACUCGGGAAUAUGUUGAAAAACCUCCGUGCAAAAUCGUGUGGGGUUUAGACAUGGAGUGGACAUAUGUGGUGCUAGAUUUUUGUUGGGAUUCUGGUUGUCGUGGUUUUGACAAAUUUACCCUCCUCUUUAACUGCUAGGCUAAUUGCUGUCAAGAUUGCUCAUUGUUUGCUUGUUGAUUCAAGGACGGAUGCAUUAUUUUUCACGCUAUUAUUCAGGACUUAACGCAUGGAGAAGCCGGAGCACGACGUGAGUACACCGUUUCAUAGGCAAAUAUGGACAAUUUAUCAAAGACAUCGAAAACAAAAUUGGCGCGAACACUGAACCUUGCGGUAGACCCAUUUAAAGGAUCUGGAAUAGAUUUAUGGCCACCUGUAAAGAGGAAUCUUCGGCCAGAGUAGAACGAAGGUUUUCAAAUGCUUAUGUGCUCCAACCAAAUGUAACAUCUCAAAUUGUCCCCUCUGCUCCAACGUAUGAAACAACAAAACUCAAUAAAAGCUAUGGGACAAAUGAAAAUGUUUAUCAAAAUCGUAUAUGGACAACUGAGAAUCCCACUCCGCAAGACACAGUAACUACGACGACUCAAGAUACAUUGACAAGAGAGCAAAUUCCUCCUCCUCUGCCUCCGAGGCAACCGCAAAUACAACAAGAAACAAAUGAUGACAUAACCAACGAAAUGAACGAUUCACGAAGACGAUGCGUCGCCAUCAUUGUAAUGCUCGUGACAAUCUGUUCGAUUGGAAUUGCAGGAUUGGCACUUUGCCUGUACUUGAGAUAUUACAUAGUUUUAUGGUUUCUGGUUCCUAUAAUUAUUAUUGCAAUUAUUUCUAUUGUUGGAAUUGCAAUUAGUGUUUUCAGGUGUCACUGUGACAUUACUAUAAAUAGAAAUGCAUGAAUACUGUACCUAAAUAUUUUGAAAGUAUGUUGAUUUCUUACGUCAUGUCCUUACACUGCCAGUUUGCUAUGGUCUGAGAUUUCCGAAUUUAACUUUAACAAAUAUGAAUUUUACGUACUGUUUCAGAGGUUCAUCUAUUUUAAACAGAAUAUUUAAAUAGAAGUCAAUUUGUUAUUAUCAAGUGUGAACCAAAAACUAAAUGCCAAUAUGCUAACGACUGUCUAAUAUAACAGGCCACGCAUAUUUGUAAUAUAAUAUAAAGAUUAAAUAGAUAAAAUAAAAAAAAUUCUUCAAAUUGAAAAAUUAUUUAUUUUUUCUUGUGAGGUUUUUAGUCUCACUCAUUUUACUAGAAAUAGUUCUCUUAAAUUGUUGUUCUCUUAAAUUGUUGAAAUAUAUAUGUGUUUUAAUGCAAAAGUUAUUUGCGUCUAUUGCCAGAGUUAAUUGUUUCUUUAAAAGUAGCCAAAUACGAGGUGUUGUUGUCAGGAGACGCACAAUUGUGGUCCGCCUA